AAAUGUCAAAUUGAUGAAAAAUAUUUUUAGGCCUCUUCAAAAUUCUCGGUUAAAGCCUCAAAAUAAUCCAAGAGUAUGCUGUGAGCAGUCGUACCGCGUACGAACUAUCGAUAGGUGGCCAGCAGCCGAUAACUAGCCCGAAUGCAACCGUGCCGUGUAGGCGGCGUUGUCAAAAACAAAAGCAAGAAGCAAAAAAGAACCUCCAACGAACCUCCAGCUCCAUAAUCCGAUCACCAGAGAUAAAAUUGAGUCGAUCGAGCGCACUGCCCCCCCAGAUCCUCGUCCAGAGUUAGCGAAACGGAAACCACAUCGUAGCGCCCAAACGGAGUAGGAGCAGGAGACGGAGAAGGAGCAGGAGAGCAGCCGAAGAGAGACCGAGAGAGAGAGAGCAGGAUGAAAAUCACAGUGACCAGCGAUGAUAAGGUCUUCUGCCUGGACGUGCCCCAGGAUCUUGAACUGGAGAACCUGAAGGUCCUCUGCGCCAUGGAGAUUGGCGCCGAUGUGACCCAACUGGUGGUGCUAUUCAACAAUCGGGAGCUGACCAACGACAAGCACUCCCUGCAGCAGUGCGGCGUCGGUGACGGUGACUUUAUCCUGUUGGAGCGCCGUAGGAUAGCCCCGCGGCAAGGUGCCCCCAACCAGCAAUCGGCAAUCAGCAAUCUGGACUUUAGCAGCAUCGCCGUGCCCGGAACGAGUGCGGGCGGCACUGUCGGCAGUCCACCGACGAGAAGCGCCCAACCGAUGCAGGGCAUCCAGUCCGGUGGUCUACCGCCGCAGUUCGAGAACCUCACAGACAUCCCCCCGACCGACGAGUUCAACGUGAACUUCGACGAUGACCCGGCCACCGUCCGCCAGAUGCUACUCUCCAGCCCGGAGACCCUGGCCCUGCUCCGGCAGUACAACAAACGCCUGGCAGAGGCCAUCGAUUCUGGUGAUUUGGAGACAUUCGCCCGUGUGCUGCGGGAGCAUAUAGCGGAGCGGAAGCGCUUCAACGAGCAGAGGAUGCGCAUGUUGAACGCAGAUCCUUUUGACGAGGAGACCCAACGCCUUAUUGCCGAGGAGAUCAAGCAGAAGAACAUCCAGGACAACAUGGCAGCCGCCAUCGAGUACAAUCCGGAGAUCUUUGGCACGGUUACAAUGCUUUAUAUCAACUGCAAGGUGAACGGAAUGCCGGUCAAGGCCUUCGUGGACUCGGGCGCCCAAACGACAAUCAUGAGCAAGGACUGCGCCGAACGCUGUCACGUCAACCGACUGAUCGACACGCGCUGGAAUGGCGUGGCCAAGGGCGUCGGCACCCAGCCCAUUCUGGGCCGGAUUCACAUGGUCCAGCUACAGAUCGAGAAUGACCAUUUGACCUCGAGCUUUACGGUGCUGGGUCAGCAACCGAUGGACAUGCUCCUCGGCCUGGACAUGCUCAAGAGGCAUCAGUGUCUGAUUGACUUGCAAAGGAAUUUACUGAUCAUCGGCACCACAGGCACGACGACGCCCUUCCUGCCGGAGAGCGAACUGCCGGUCAGUGCCCGUCUAACUGGAAACUCGGAGGAGUCUAUGGAACAGCAGGCGAUUGCCGAUGCCAUUGAGCAGAGCAAGAGGGAAGGUGGUGGCGGAGGAGGCAGUGGCAGUGGCAGUGGCAGCGGCAGCGGUGGUGGUGCCGGAUUCAGUGGAGCAAGUGGCAGUGGCACCACAACAGCUGGAAGUGCAAUUACCGCAGGCGGUGGUCCAAAUACCAUUCAACCUUUUGAUCAUUUCACCGAACAGGACGUUAUCGAUCUCAUGGAGCUGGGCUUCCAGCGCGGCCAGGUGCUGACGGCCCUCCGAGUCUGUAAUGGGAACAAGCAGCAGGCCAGCUCGGUGCUGCUCAGUGGUGGCGGGGGGUUCAGCUGAACCCGGCGUAACCGAUGGAUGUGGUGGAGGAGGACGAUUCGGAGAAGGACCUGGACAUGGACAUGAGCAAUAGAAGUGGAGCUGCGUCACUACCAAUCACAAGACCAACAACAACAACAACAACACCAACGAAAUACUCCGAGCAAUACCAAAAAACAAAAAAUACAGAGAGAAAAAAAAAAAGAAAUGCUUAAGUGGAAAGUAAUUAAUUGAAAAAAAAUUGAAAAAAACAUGUAAUAUUCGGAUCACAUUUUAUAAUUUAGUCCAAUUACUUUGUAAUCGAGAAUGCCACGUGUUUUUUUAUAUACGGAUUAUCGCCUGUUACAUGAUUAUUGUACAAUAGUUUAAAUUAGGAUGCAUUUCUCUCCACUAGCGGAUCAAUUUUUUACAAACAAAAAAAAAAAAAAAAAAGAAAAAAGAAAACUAAAAAACAGAAAGAUAACAAAAUAAUACACAUAGAAAGGGUUGGUUUUUUUCUAGAAAAUAUUUAAGUAUGAGAAUUUAAUGUUAAGUCCGAAAAGAAAGUAACCGAAUGCAGAAUAAAUGAAAAAAAAAAGAAUAUUAAAUAUAUAAAUUAAAAAAAUUAAUAAAAAAGAAUGGAAAGUGGAACUGGUGAUGGAACCAAGUCGCAGGAUCGUAUUAUGGAACGAAAUGGAAAGAAAAUACAAACGGAAAGUGGAUUAUUAACUUCGCCUGACUAUAAAUAUAAAUAUUAUUGAUUAUAUGAAAGAAUAUAUAUAUAUAUUACAUUUAUACACACAUUUAAACAAUAUACAUUUGAUCUAGUAUUAAGUUGAAAAUGUCUAAAAAAAAUAAAUCGGUCGAGAGAGUA